AUGGAGGAGAAGACAUGGCCACUGUGGAAACUGGUGUUGAUUGCCCUUCCUCAAGUCAGUGUGCAGGUCUUAUGGUGUUUCAUUGGCCCCAACAGUGCUUCGUACAUGCGACAUUUGGGAGUCACUGAUUCCCUGGCGACCUUGAACAACAUCGCUGGGCCCAUCACCGGUUUCUUCACAGGUCCCCUUGUUGGAGCCACGUCCGACAACCUCACGUCUCGCUUUGGACGGAGACGACCUGUGAUCCUGGCAGGUUUGAUCUCGGUGUGCAUUGCUGGAACUCUCUUCUCAACCAGUGAAUACUUCAUGCCAGAGGGGAAGGCGGCCUACUUUGCGGCGCCCAUGUAUUGGGUCUUGGAUGUGACGAUCAACAUCUUGCAGACCCCACACAGAGCGCUGGUGGCAGACUUGGCCACCGAGGAGCAGCAGAUUCCCAUGCAAGUGGCGUUUGUGGUUUUGAUGUCCAUUGGGAACUUCAUGGCCUUUUCCAUCAUGAAGAUCUACAAGUCUCCGGUGGACCACAUGUUUGAGCUCAUGUUUGGCAUUUGUCUCUUCAAUGUGUUUUGUGCCGGAAUCCAAUUCCUGGUCGCAAGGGAGAAGCAAUUGAAGCGAGAUCCAGAUGCACCCAAGCAGUCUGCAUGCGCGCCCGUGUUCACCGUGGUGGAAGCAGUGGCGGGCAGUCCGCGGCUGCUCUAUCACUUGGCUGCCGUGCAGUGUUUGGUGUGGAUCGGAAACACCGCUUGGAACCUUUAUGCUGGCCAAUGGUUCGGCAAUGCCGUUUUCCAGGGUGAUGAGAAAGCAGAAGAGGGAUCUCCCUUGAAGGUUGCUUAUGAAGAUGGCAUCAGUGCCUUCACGGUGGGAGGUCAGGGAAAGGCUCUUUUGCAAUUGAUUUCGGCAUUGAUGAUCAUUGGUAUCCUUUUGAAGACCACCAUCCGCCCUCGCUUGGUCUAUGCUCCUUGUAUUUUCAUCGGGCUGAUCGUCAGCAUUCUGGCCGCGUUCUUCGUGGGACACUCCGGCAGUUUUGCGAUUGCAGUGAUGAUCUUUUCAGUGAUGCCGGAAACAGGUUCCUUCGCAAUUCCAUUUGGUUUGGUUGCUACACUGAACAAACGUGCAGAAGAGGAAGGAAAACCCGUGAGCACAGCUCUGCAAAUGGCUUUGCUAAAUUGCUGCGUUACCAUUGGCCAGCAGAUUUGCACUAUGUCCUUGGCAGGAAUUGAAGCGAGCAUGGCUUUAGCGGCAGCUCUGCCGUGUGUCUUCAUCGUGGCGGCUGUUGCGCAAGGCUUGGGAGGAAUUGGAGCUCUGUUUCUGGAUGAUAGACCCGCUGGCUAUGAUGAGUCAUCGGAAGAAACCUCGGAGGAGAGUGGCUUUUCUGAUUGA